AGCUGAACAAGACGUAAAGAGAGCUAAAGAGUCAUCACCGUACACAUUUUUGGGUUUACGAAAAUGUUUUUGAUUUGCUUGAUGAUUCACGCAGUUGAGCUUAAAAAUUCAAAUUAGUCAUUAUAGAUUUAAUUUUAUUUCUAGGGCCUUUUCUUUUAGGACAUGUCCAGCUGCCAACAAGAUCUCACUCAGUGCCAUCAGCAUCUUUCUCGUGGUGGAAAGAGCUACGGAGGAUGCUGUAAGCCAGUGCUGAGCCAACACUCACCAUGGCCCAGUAGGUACCAGUAGUCGGCGAAUGCACGCUACCACAGCCAAUAUACGCUGGGCCGCCGUGCAGCUACAACUGGACUUCCACAGCAGCCGAUUCCAACCACAACGCUCCAACAGUUGUCCCAAAACAGCGCCCAUUCAAUUAGCAGUGUCCGUCACAUUACGAUUGGGAUAGACUAGCCGACUUGCAAACGACGCUGUCGCUUUCGCCCUCAUUAUUGUAUUGUCCUAACAGAUUGUAAAGGCGCCGCCUGUGUAUCCCAAGAAACAGCUCAUUUCUUUGAGAUAUCUCACCUAUAAUAAGCCCAUCAUUAUCAGCAUUAUAGUUUCAAAGGUUCCAAAAACUGACCAACAAGAUGCCGAGCGAAUACGCAACGAGGGGCUUGCCGCCCGCACCAGCAGUGUCUAUGCACACUAUGCACAUGGUGGGCUUCCUCGUCGACGUGUACGGCCUAGACGAGCUCCCCGCUUCUGGUCCAGUGACCUGCUUAUGGCUACUCCAUCCUAGAACAAGAGAUCGUUCCAUCAUGAAGGACAUUGCCAGCCGUGCGGUGGCUGCUUGGAACGCGAGCCCAGGAGGCCAGAGACGGCAGCGCGGACUAGUUGCUUUGGCGGCUGAUAUGCCCAAUCACGGCACCAGGCUCGUUCAGGACAUGGCAAACCAGGACUGGCUUAAGGGUAACAAAACCCACGCCAUUGAUAUGGUAGGUAUUGUCCAGGGAGGCGUCACCAAUACGGCGUCACUCAUGGACCUGGUCUCGGGAUACUUGCAACGCCAGGUCGAUGCACAUAUUAGUCUAGGCUGGAGUCUUGGUGGCCACAUGGCUUGGCAGCAAUGGAUCGGCGAAGACCGCAUAGAUGCUUCGGUAUCCAUUGUAGGAUGUCCAGAUAUGAUGGGUCUGCUGAGCAGCCGGGCUGCAUACAGCAACAUGAAUUACGACCCAAAAACGUUUUUGGGAGGCACACACUUUCCUAACGAUGUUGUCAACAACUGUUUGGCGCAUGACCCCAAAGGUAUUCUCUUCGGUGUCCAAGCUGUUCCACAGGCGCCAUUGUCAAAGCAGGAUCAGGACCGCCUGCGACCUAUCUUGGAAUCAAGAGUCCAGGGUAAGCGCUUGCUUCUUUGCUUUGGUUCGGAAGACAAACUCGUACCGCCUGCAAACAGCAUGCCGUUGCUUGCUGUGCUGAAGGACGCCGCUACAGGUUGGUACGACGGUGGCAAGGGCGGUAUCACUGUGAUCGAUAAAGUAUAUGAGGGCGUCGGCCAUGCCUUUAGCAAGGAUAUGGUCACGGACUCUGUUGAAUUUAUCGUGGAUGCCGUUGCGCGGGGGCCACGAACAACGCAGCACAAGGCCAGGUUUUAAAGAGUAAAAAAUACAUUUAGAAUAGCCCUUACAUCCAAGGACGGGGCGCAUCCUCGUCAAGCGUUUCUCCCCCAUUCAAAUGACGAAUCAUUAAACCACAGUUAUCAUUU